GCGUCCUCGCGGUCGCCGUGGUCCGCCCCUCUACUGAACCCUAAUCGCCUCCGCCGCCGCUGGUCCUCUUAACAUCUCAUCGCAUGUCCACUGGGUAGUUCAGUUAGUUGGCAACUUCGAUUUUGUUUUCAAUAUCACCGUCGCACCUUCAGGUUUUCCCUCGCUCUCUGUCUCGUUCUUUGCUUCCAACCUCAAGCCUUGGAGAUCAGAUGCUCAGACUCCUUGAGAGCAAUCUUUAUAGGUUCUACCUUAAAUCAUCAAUUACCGCCAUCGGAACUGGGAACCUUCGGCCACCACUCGAAGGCCUCCAAUGGUCAUCACUGUGUAAAGCAUAAUCCACAGUAUUAGUAUGCUUUUGAUGCCCAAGAGAUACACUGGAGAGGAUUUCCACGACAUAACCUAAACAGUGCUUAAACCCCGGUUGUAUUAUUUUUUGGAGAAGAAUGCAGAGUUCACUGAAAAUGCUAUUUAAGUUGCAAAUCCUGAAAGUCAUUCACCAUCGCCUUCCUCAAAGACUUACCAACAGUAAUGGGUUGCGCUACUUCUUGUGCAGCAACCCACUUUGUACGAUGGUUGAUUCUCAGCAAUCUCCCGAGUCACCAGAACUUCCGGUUUGGGUCAAGUUACCUGACAAUCAGUCCCCUGAAAGCGCAGACUCUGAUGAUGACUUCGUUAUCCCUGCGCUUGCUGAUUGGGUUAAUGCCCAUAUGGUUAAUGGUCAAACCCAAGUGACGAGACUCUCUUUGAGGGAGAACAAGGACGAUGUCACGCCAAUCAGUAGAGUUCUUAAAGAACUACAUCUUUCUCCAGACAAAGUUGCGGAGUCGCUAGAAAGGUAUGAUUUUCUUGUAUCAGAGAAUUUGGUUCAGAAGAUUUUGAACAGAUUUUGCAAUGACUGGAUCCGAGCUUUGGGGUUUUUCAUAUGGGCAAAGACAAAGACAGCUUAUGUGCAUUCUCCAGAAUUGUAUAACUUCAUGGUCGAUAUUUUGGGCAAGGCGAAGAAAUUUGAUCUUGUGUGGAAUUUAGUUGAGGAAAUGUAUCAACUUGAAGGGUAUCUGACGUUCGAUACAAUGGUUAGGGUAAUAAGGAGGCUUUCCAAGGCAGGGAAGUAUGAAGAAGCUGUGGAAGCAUUCCGAAAUAUGGAGCGUUUUGGUGUGAAAAAGGACAUAGCAGCAUUGAAUGCACUCAUGGACGCAUUGGUGAAAGAAAAUAGUGUUGAGCAUGCUCACAAAGUUCUUUUGGAGUUUAAGGAUUCAAUUUCUCCAGAUGUUCAUUCAUUCAAUAUCCUGAUUCAUGGGUUUUGUAAAUGUAGAAAACUUGAUCAAGCCUAUCAAGCGAUAGAGGUUAUGAGGGCACAUGGAUUUCACCCAGAUGUUAUUACAUACACUAGUAUCGUUGAAUCAUAUUGCAGAGAGAAGGAUUUCCGCAAAGUGAGAGAAGUUUUUGAAAAGAUGAAGGAAAAGGGUUUGUCACCUAAUGUUAUAACAUACACUAUUUUCAUGCAUGCUUUAGGGAAGGCAGGACAAUUAUCUGAAGUUCUGGAUCUUUACGAGACAAUGAAGAGCAAUGGGUGUGUACCUGACGCCCGUUUUUAUUCUUCAUUGAUGUUCAUUUUUGGCCGAGCUGGCAGGCUUAAAGAUGCAUUUGAUCUGUUUGAUGAUAUGCCAAAGCAAGGGGUUAUCCGAGAUGUUAUCACAUACAAUACGAUGAUCUCCCUUGCUAGUGCAAGCUCACAGGAGGAGACUGCUCUUGGGUUGCUCAAGGAAAUGGAAGAGAAAUCAGUUCAGCCAAAUACAGAGACUUAUCAUCCAUUGCUGAAGAUGUGUUUCAGAAAGAAGAGAAUGAAGGUGCUAAACUUUCUGUUAGACCACAUGUUUAGGAACGACGUGAGUCUUGAUUUGGCAACAUAUUCUCUUUUAAUAAAUGGUUUGUGUGAAAGUGGAAAACUUGAGCGUGCUUGCUUCUUCUUCGAGGAAAUGGUCUUGCAGGGGUUACGUCCAAUGAGCAGGUCAUUCAAGACAUUGGUGGGGGAGCUCCAGAGCAGGGGCAUGCUAAAAGAAAAGGAACAUAUUGAGAAUUUGUGUGGCAGAGGCGAAAAUGCAUAGUAAAUUUGGAAGGCACAGUUUCAGAGUCGGCUAGUAUUUUGACUGUUAUGAAUCAGUGGGCUCCAUUUAUGCUUUUCUGUUUUUAAUUUUUGGUGGUGAAUGAUCACUGGCGUAGCUUGUAGGCUUGUAGCCAGUUACUCUACCAAAAAGGAAUCAGAGGAUUACGCGGGAAUGACCUUAUACUUUUCAGAGUGAAGCCAGAAAAGAGUAUGCAUGUAGGAAAGAUCUGGAUCAAUUAUCGUGUGUAUUGUAUUAUCGAUUUUGAUGCUCGAUGCAAUUUCCUGCACCUCUGUGGAAAGAAAGAGGAAUCGUAACAAAUUAUUCAAAACUUAGGAAAAAAAUUCUAAAUUUUUUUAAUAUUUCCAUGUCAUUUUGAUCAA